AUGCCCACACACUCCCCCAUCCCCGAUAUUCCGGGCGAAGAAGCCGACCCUACCAUCGCAGCCUACCUCUCCUCGCGCGUCGCCGAGCUCUGCGGGCUGAGAGAACCUCGGUUCCCCGGCGCUCAGCCGGUCUCAUUCACCUCGGGCAGUCUGGAUCUGCUGGAGCAGAAGAACUUUUGGGUGUGCGAGAAGAGCGACGGAGUGAGAUUACUGGUGUUUGUGGUGAUGAAUGGGAUGUCCGGGGCGCAGGAGGUUUGGCUGAUAGACCGCAAGCAGCGGUACUUCUCCGUCCAGGGUCUUCGCUUUCCACAUUGGGAACGGAAAGACCAGCCUCUCACAGAUACGAUCUUUGAUGGGGAGCUCGUCGUCGAUAUAGAUUCAUCAACAGGAGAGUCUACGCUGCGCUUCUACGCAUUCGACUGCCUAGUCCUGAAUGGGGACAAGGUCGUCUCUAAACCGAUUCAGUCUCGCUUUGGCCGCCUGAAAUCAUGGAUCGUCGAACCCUUCAACCGCGCGCUCGCUCAGUACCCCGAAUGGCGGGACGAUCUCCCAUUUGAAGUGGUAGCGAAGGAGCAAUUGCUUUCGUACCAUAUGAAAACGGUCCUCGACGUGCACGUCCCGGCACUACAGCACGGGCACGAUGGGUUGAUCUUUACGUGUGCGGAGAGCGAGUACGUGAUGGGAACGGACGAGAAGAUAUUAAAGUGGAAACCGCCAUCCGAGAACUCGGUAGACUUCAAGCUUGAACUUCGAUUCCCGCCCUCCUCGUACUCUGCGCACGAUCCGGACUAUACGGCCAAGCCUGUGUUCUUAUUACAUACCUGGCUCGGCCGGGAGGCUUACGAGUACUUUGACGAACUACUAGUAGAGGAUGACGAGUGGGAGAAAAUGAAAGAGUCAGGGGAACAAUUCGAUGACCGAAUCAUCGAAGUGUGCUGGAAUACCGAUAUGGGCGGAUGGCGGAUGAUGCGGAUACGAGACGAUAAACCGCAUGCGAAUCACAAAAGUAUCAUGCAGAAGAUACUAGUCAGUAUAGAGGAUGGGGUGAAAAUUGAGGCGCUGCUGGCGAGGUCAGACUCAAUAAGAACCGCAUGGAAGACGAGGGAAAAGGCAGGAGGUGCUGCGCCGCCUCAGCAGCAACGGCCACCGCAACCCAUAGCGGUUGGAGGGAGAGAUAGGGGGGUCAAUGGUGGGACGGGGGUGGUGCAGCAGACGCAAGGGAUAGUGGCUGGUCUGAGGAGAUGA